CGUACAUUGUUUGCUUCCGAACUGCGUCACCUCAUGCGCGUGCGGCUGCAGGUAGGCUAGUCAGCUGUCCUUCCAGCACCGGGGAGGACCGCUCGUCCUCAUCCGCAUCCUCCGCGCAGCAUGUCGAGCGACUAAACGGCAUCAACGGGCAUGCAUGCGGCGGACGAUUCGAGCAAAGAUCCGCCGCUUGGAUCAACGUUUUUCUCGGCGCCCGAUUUGGACUCGGACAUUAACGCCAAUGCAUUCCGGGCCGUUUCUGAGAACGGGGCGGUUGACAACGUCAACAUCCAGAACACAGCCCUGCGAGGGGCCAGCGACCCCAGCGCCUAUCUCUCCUCGGACUACCGCGGCCUGGUCCGCCAGAGGUUCAUCCGGCGGAGUUUGUGGGUGUCGGACUCCGAGGAGCAGACGCUUGACACGGCGGAGUCCCCGGUGCUCAACGUCGACCUGCGCUCCAUCGUCGGCCGGACUUUGCACGGCACUCGUCUGGGUCCACGGGAGAAGUCGAGGCCGGAGAGUCCGGUGGAAGCGAAGGACGAUUCUCCCCGCGAGAAACGUGACACGUGCCAAAGCGAGGUCAAGCAAGAGGUGGCGUCCUGUGACGUCACCGGCAAAGCCGGAAGCGAUGAGAACGAAGAGGAGCCGGGGAUGAAGGCCGUGUCCACCUCACCCGGGGGCCGCUUCCUCAAGUUCGACAUCGAGUUGGGGAGGGGCUCCUUCAAGACGGUCUACAAAGGCCUCGACACGGAUACUUGGGUCGAAGUGGCUUGGUGCGAACUCCAGGAGCGGAAACUGUCCAAAGUGGAGAGACAGAGGUUUAAAGAGGAGGCAGAGAUGUUGAAGGCACUUCAGCAUCCCAACAUUGUGAGAUUUUAUGACUUCUGGGAGUCGCCAUUGAAAGGAAAGAAAUGCAUAGUUCUGGUGACAGAACUCAUGACCUCAGGGACACUGAAAACGUAUUUGAAGCGCUUCAAGGUGAUGAAGCCCAAAGUUCUUCGGAGCUGGUGCCGACAGAUCCUGAAGGGCCUCCACUUCCUCCACACCAGGACGCCACCGAUCAUCCACAGAGACCUCAAGUGCGACAACAUCUUCAUCACGGGCCCUACGGGCUCCGUCAAGAUAGGCGACCUGGGCUUGGCAACUCUAAAGAGAGCUUCCUUCGCUAAAAGUGUCAUUGGUACACCAGAGUUCAUGGCCCCUGAGAUGUACGAGGAGCACUAUGAUGAGUCCGUGGAUGUCUACGCCUUCGGCAUGUGCAUGCUGGAGAUGGCCACAUCAGAAUAUCCUUACUCAGAGUGUCAAAACGCAGCACAAAUCUACCGCAAAGUCACCAGCGGGGUAAAACCUGCCAGCUACAGCAAAGUAAGCGACCCAGAAAUUAAGGAGAUCAUUGGAGAGUGUAUCUGUCACAGAUGGGAGGAAAGGUACUCCAUCAAGGACCUCUUGAAUCACGCCUUCUUUGCAGAGGAUACCGGUGUUAGGGUGGAACUCAACGAAGAAGAUGAUGGGGAAAAAUCCUCCAUCGCAUUGAAACUGUGGGUCGAGGAUCCAAAAAAGCUAAAGGGGAAGUACAAGGAUACUGGUGCAAUUGAGUUCACGUUUAAUUUGGAGAACGAGGACCCAGAAGUUGUCGCGCAAGAAAUGGUGGAGUCUGGCUUUUUUCUGGACUGCGAUGUGAAGGUUGUUGGGAAGUCGAUCCGAGACCGCGUGGCUCUGAUCAAAUGGAGAAGGGAACGCACUGUCUCAUCGGGAAACGGCGAGGCAUCUGUGAAGAAGAUGCAGCAAAACCUCCUGCAGGUGCCCGGACCACAGGGGACCGCAUUGGCUACCACUGAGUAUGACGACCAGGAGGUGGAGCAGCAGACCUUGAUUUGCACAGUCCCGGUCACCACGUCUACCACAUCAGACAGUGGCGUGAGCUCCACCAUGCAAUUGGAUGAUCUCGGCAAACAGCAAAAUGGUUCCUACCGGUCCCUGCCAGAGACCGUCUGCACGACUCAGUCGGUCUACAGUCCACCUGCACAUCUGGAGCCUCCAAUGCAGCAGGGGCCCUACCAGCAAGCCACGGCACAGGCCUCGCAGGACCAAUAUAUACAAGAAUCCACACAGUUACAUCAGGGAGCCUACCAGCAAACCACAGGUCAGCUACAUACUGGGACCUACCAACAACCUGCUGCACAAUUGCACCUGGGGCCAGAUGAGGUUCAAACAACAGUUUCUGCUCCAUCGACGCCAGCCCCUCCUGCGCACCAGAGUAGACAGACAGCACAGAGCUUCCCAGCUGCAACGCCCAUUGUACAGAUGCAGCUUACUGCUCAAUCGCGCCAGGACCAGCAAUUAUCUACUGACCAGACUACAGCUCUCCUGAGUCCUCCUGACAUAUCUACCAGUUUUCCACAGUCUGCCACCAGUGCUCCCCCUCCUCUACUGCCCCUGCACAUCAGCACACAGUUUCCCUCACCAUAUUGCAUUCAAGCAGGGGGCAUCAAGCCCCCUCCUUUUCCCCCGGCUCCCUUAGCUAGCUCUUUCUUCUCACCUUCACCCCACCCCACCACCAUUCCCCUGAAUCCUCAUUCAGCCUUUGGCACCCUUCAGUCCACACCUCAGCAGGUGCCCAGUGUAGCACUCACUGGCACACUCCUUGCCAUGACCAUGUCCUCUGCAAUGCCCCAGCAACAGAGUGGCCCGGCUACAUCCUAUCCAAACAUUGGUAGCUUCAAUUACACCCCUUCCUUAGCUCUCUCCCAGGUAAAACCCACCCCAUACCCCGUCCCCCACCCUGAGCAAGAACGGGCUGAACAGGUGCAGACGAACGCUCCACUGGGAAAUUUAGAAGAUGUUCAACUUUUGGCCCCAGUUCAACCUGUCCUACCUGCUAAUCAGACUCCUCUCUGGGGAUGUGGAACAGAUAUAGAAACUGCUGCAGCUGGCACAGACGUAAACGUAGCCUCUACAUUUCACACCUCAGCACCACUGGCGGCUACAGCGGAUCUCGACAUCCAAACCCCAGCACAAACUGCAGCUUUAAUCCAGCCAAAAAGCCACGCAGCAGACCAAAUGCCGGCUCAGUCUGCUACCGCAGUCUCAUUUCAGGCUCCACCUGCAUUUCAAUCUACAGCUUUAGCCCAAGUUGAAGAAGCGAUUUCUGUAUCCGGUUUACCGAAAGCCUCAUCUGCAAGCUUAGAUGAUUCCUCAGCAUCAGGACAAACCCAGAUCUCUCUACCAGGGUUUCUCCCUGCACCAAGCUCUAUUCCGCUACCAGCUCAGCAUGCUGCUCCUGCUUCUACUUCUGUCCCAGCUCCAAUUCUGCAGCCUGUUGGCAUCCAGACAGGAGUCUCCAUGACAUCUGAAUGUGGAAGUCAGGCUACAUUUUGUCAGAAAAAAGAAACCUUACAGCAAGAUCCCUGCACAGCGGAAGUGUUUCAGGAAAAACCAGUAGCAUUGCCCAACUAUGCGUAUGACAGUCCCUAUUCUGAUGUUGCAUCUGGUAAGGAAGCAAGUGAUGGGUAUGACAGCUUGGCCAGUGGAGGGAAGCUGGAAGGAAAACAUAGGAAACAUCAUCGGAAGUCGACGCGGACACGCUCUCGGCAAGAAAAGAUGAGCAAACCCAAACUGAAUAUGCUCAAUGUUUGCAACACGGGCGACAAGAUGGUUGAAUGUCAGCUGGAGACUCACAAUCACAAAAUGGUGACGUUUAAAUUUGAUCUGGAUGGUGAUGCUCCAGAGGAAAUUGCCACUUACAUGGUGGAGAAUGGAUUUAUCCUUCUCUUAGAAAAAGAGAUCUUCAUCGACCAGUUAAAGGAGAUUGUGGAUAAAGCUGAAGACAUGUUGAAUGACGACACGGAGGGUGAGAGGGUCUCGACUUUGAGUUGUAGUCCGCAACAAGGCCAGACCUCUGAUGGACAAGUUGGAGAGAGUCAACAGUCUGGAGGAUCCCAGCCUGUCUACCAACAGAAUGUUCUUCACACAGGAAAGCGAUGGUUCAUAAUCUGUCCUGUUGAGGAGAGCCCCUUUUCCAGUCAGGAGCCCACGUCUGAGGGUACAACGUCCCAGUCUCCUAGCAGUUCAGCCAACACGCAGCUGCCUGGCAGGCCUUCUACAUCGCGAGCUGAGGAGGGCUCAUCCUCUACAAUGUCUGGUGGGAGUGGAGGCUUCAUGCAUGACGUGUAUGGAUUCUGCAGUCCCCCGGUUAUGCCCAACACAGACCCUCUCCUCUUGGCCAGUCUGUCUCCUCCGGUGUCUGCCCCCCCAGCUCUUGAAUCGAUACCAUCAUUAGAGUCAAUCAGCAGCGUGCAUCAAGCCCAACCAGCCAGAGCUCAAACUUUGCCACCAUCAUCUCCACAAACCUCUUUUCAAAUGGAAGAACCACAAGGAUCCCCUGUGGGCACCACCUCCCCCAUCCAUUCCACUUUACAUAUGGGAGACAUCACCUGUCCUGUGUCUGUGGCGGAGGAAAUACCCUGUUGUUCUCUGGUCAUGCCCCUGUCCCAGGAUGUGAGCAGCUCACCAGGUGGAUCCCCUCUCACCCCUCUUCCAUCCCAGGAGCCCGGUUCAGCCAAAGAGUCACUGUCUCUCUCAUACGCCGCCGCCGCACGCAGUGAACGCCCGCAGCAGCCUGUGGUGCUCCACCAGCCUUUCUCCAGUGUGGGUGGGGCCAAAGUGUCCUCACUGCCUCAGAGUCCGGCGCCAUCUCAGCAGGGCGGAGGACCAGGCGAGUCAGACGGUGAAGGACGACUGGGCCGCGGAGGCUUUGUGGACAGCACCAUAAAAACACUAGAUGAGAAACUUAGGAACUUGCUCUACCAGGAAUACGCUCCCAUGUAUCCAUCCGGAAGCACUGCAGAGACACCGGGUUCUGGUACAGAGUACUUCCAAUCUCCUCCUGGUCCAGACAGUGCCACAGGAGGGUCAGGAAACAGUACACCAGGUCCAAUGGAGGAGACUCGGUACAGAGCAGGAGAACAACUGCCUCAAAUUCCUGAGAGAAUGGAUAGUUUAAGCACUCUGAGUGACUCAGCUGUGUGUGCGUCCCAUUCCAAAAGGCACGUUUCCCACUCUGUCUCCUGCUCUGGGACAAGAGGCCGGUUUAAGAUAAGUUCAGUUCCUCCUGAAGUGGCCAACAAGCGUGAUGUGAAGCAGAGGAGCUGGAGCAGCAUUGCCUCAACAGCACAACCCGCAGGUUACAAUGUUCCGACUGAGACCAUGACCCCCUCCACCACGAUCGGUCGCUUCUCCGUGGUCAGCACCGAGGAUGACAUCACCCAAAGGACACGUUGCAGUCGCUACUCUGCACCGCCCGACUUCUGUCUGGACACGCCACCCUCUGUGGCUAACCAGAGCUCCUUGCCUCAUAUCCUCACCUCAGCAUCUGUACCUGUUGACAUCACAGUCCAUGCUCGAUUCCUCUCUUCUGACUCGGGGGCCGAGAGCAGCCCCGCCAAACUGGCCCCUGCCACCCCGAGUCGACAAACUCGCUCUGAGCGCCGAGGAAGUGACCUGAUGAAGAGGGCAGUGGCCUUCCUCAGACGUUCAGGGCGCAGCAGCAGUGUGCAGAGCUCGGAUUCUCCAAGCAGGCACGGAGGCGUACACGGAUCGGCCUACGCCAGCAGCGAUAAUGACUCGGAGAUGGAGGACUCAGAUAUGAAGAGAGAACUACAGACACUCCGGGAGAAACAUUUGAGGGAGAUCUCUGAGCUACAGGCCCAUCAGCGGGGAGAAGUGGAGCUGCUGUAUCUCAGACUUGGCAAAGUUCCUCCCUCUGGCAUGACGUACUCGCAUGUUACGGCGCCUAAAGUUCGUAGAAAAAGGUCUGGGAAGCACAGGCUGAAACCGGGCAAGCUCCUUAGUCCUCUGGUGCAGCAAUUUCGACAUGUCACACAUAAAACUGGUGACUCUAGCAGACCCACUAUUCCAGGAACAGGUGAGACAACUGUGAGUUUAAACGGAUCUCCAGCCAAGGCGUCGGUCGCCACUCGUGGCAGGGAGCCAUCCUGUCCCAGCCACAUUCCGAGCUCCACCUCGGAACCGGUGCAGACUCAGCAGCCUUGCUCCCUCAAGGGCUCCUUGUCCUCUGAUAACAUUUAUGCUGGACUAUAUGCUGGAGAUGGCACAAGCACACAAGUUCCCCCAGGACUUGGCUGGGCUAAUUACCCUCAACCACCCGAGAGAGUGACUUAUAAAUCCAGUAGCAAGCCCAGAGCUAGAUUUCUCAGUGGGCCUGUGCCUUUAUCUAUCUGGUCAACAUUGAAGCGGUUGUGUCUUGGCAAAGAGCGAGGCAACAGGCACGGUGCCGGGCUAGGGGCUGUUAAUCCAUCUCAGCAGCAGCCGCCCACCGGUGCCACACCACCUCCUCAUCAGUCAGUGACGGGACUGGCGCAAGCUCAAGCCAACAACAGCAACAACAAGACAAGAGUCUUCGCCGGUUCAUCCAUUAACGCCACUGAACUCAACCUGCCUGAAGAUCUGCAAAGACUGAUGGAUGACUGGACGCAGGAGGUUCUUAUUGUCGCUCACAGGCCGCGUACCGACUCCCUGCGCAUCGGCGGGCAGCAGCUUUUGGAGCAGAUGCUUCCCCCAAGUCAGGUUGCAAGUACCUCAGAGGUGUCAUCGUGGAUGACCCUGGGUGUCGAAAGUGGCCACCUUCCCCCGUCAUGGCCUGACGGCGCCGGCAUGGAGACGAUCAACAACCGGUCCUCCACGGGACCCGGCACCCUUUGUCAGCUCAUCUCGCCUGUGCCGUUCCCGGCCUCGUCCUCUCCUCUCUGUCUUAGCCGAUCACCUUGGGUGCCCCUAGCCCUUCCUCCUGGAAUCUUUGCCUUUCCUGGUACUCCCUCAAGCCAGGAUGCUUCCAUCCCAAGUGCAUCAUAUGAAUCGCCGGACCCCAAAGCAAGAACUCUUUAAUCGGAGUAGCAAUGUGUCUUCCAAGUCUUUUACCAAAAAGAAAUGUCAUUGUAGUUCGAGUCCAUGACGUGCAUAUAUUUAACCAGCACGUAUGUUACCAUUGUCUCAUCCUCUGGUCUCUCUUUUGCAUACCUCAUGUUCAUAUCAUGCCGCAUUAUCAAUGAGUGCGGUGCAAUGGUAGAUUUUGAUUGUCGGUCUCAAAAUGCCGAUUUACAUCAUUGCUUGUAUGUACAUUGCAUUGCUUAUUAACUAUUGUUACAUUCAGUGCUGAGAUUUACAGAGUUGUGUUGCUCAAUUCACCAGUCAGUCAAGGUGUAAUAUAGGAACUCUUGUUAUUCUGUACAUAGAUUGCGUGUUUGUACACUUAACAGCAGAUGAUCCUUAGGUUGUUGCUGCAGCUGCUGUGUGUGUCUCAGUGCAACCGCUUAGCAGUCAGCAUCAUCAGCCGCCACUGUGAAGACUUCUGGACCAGAGGAGCACCGACCCGCUCUAUCAGUCUAUAGUUACGUUUUUUUCUCCCUCUCAUCAAUGAAAUGCUUCCAGCACAAGCGCUUGGAAUAUUAUACGAGAGAUUGGAACGAACUUUACCUUCAGGUGAAAACCACCUGCGAGUGUGCCUUGUAUUGUAAUUUCUGAAUAUGCGUGUUUAGGUUGAAGCAGCCAUGAGUUAGUCCCGAUGUAUCCUUAGAUUUUGUGAUUAGAAUCAUCAAAAUAGACCGGCAAAAAUGGUAACUCAAUUGCUAUAAUCUCAUCAUACUGCAGGUCAUAAACUAUCACGGAUUGUAACAAAAAAAAAUAAAAUAUAUAUAUAUGUAGCUAUGCACUAUACAAUGUGCUUCAAUCUGUCCUGUAUUUUUUCCCCCUGCUUGUUGACUUCUUUAAGUCAUUUGUGAAAACACUGAACAUUCACAAUGUGGUGGCAAAAUUCAGCUUUCAGGUAGAAAAUGCCAAGAGACUAGCACAGGAUUCACUACGGCAUGGACGGCUCGAAACGUGAGCCCUAAAUGCCCUCAACCCUAAAUGUGCGUUACCUCUUCUAAUCUCUAGCUUUACGUAUUGUUGCCUUUAGGGAGUUUUUAAAAAUGACGGUGAGGUUGGUUGGUUGUUGGCUGAUUGUUGAUGAAGUGGUGAUGAUGGUAUAAGGUACACCAAGAAUGUGAAAUACUGAAAAGCCUGUUUAAUGUCAUUUGUACAAUGCAUUAUUGUUUUUCUUUGUUGAAGUAUAUUAGAAACUGUGACAUAAUUCCAAGCAUUCUCACAAAUGUUGUGCCAUCCCUUUCAGCCUUUUAAAUUGCUUCACCUUCAAACACAUUCACUUUCAACACUGCUCCAUCUUGCCUGACUUCUACACGUACAGUAUCAGAAAAAUGAGUAGACUGUCAAAUCGACUGACUAUUGUUUCUGGCCAUGACCGUAUACUGUAGUGAUUCAUAGUAUAUAUAUGUGUCAGAUACUGACCAAAUGACCAUUAAAGUUUAAGUUUAAUUAAUGUUCGUUACGACAUCAAGUUUAUUUUGUUCCAAAUUUUGAAAGCUCUUUACAGACUCAGUUCAUGACAAAUGCUUCGAGGAAGGUUUCUAUAAAGAUUGUUUAGGGUGGUAAACUGUCUAACACUAUUUGUAAAUAAUAUAUUUUAUUGAAAUACAGAUUUCAUUUCAUGACAUGUUAUAUUUCAUUUCUCUUUCUCUGUCAAAUACUUUUGUGCUUCAUCGAGUAAGUCCCAACACUUGUCUUCAUUCAUGCUUGCAAUGUAUGAAUGCAUUGGCCUGCUGCGUCCCCAUACUGGUGACAAACACACUGAACACGAUGAAAUGAAAU